AUGGACUUAAGGGGCGCCCGGGAAGAUGACGGCGGCGAAGGGGGCGCGGCGGCGCCGGGGUCGGGGCUGCGCGGGCCGAGCCCCUUCUCCGAGGCGCGCGGACGCCCGGGCCCCUUACCCGCGGCGCUGCACCCGGAGGAGGUCGCCGCGCGGCUGCAGCGGAUGCGCCGGGAGCUUAGCAACCGCAGAAAAAUCCUGGUGAAGAACCUGCCCCAGGACAGCAGCUGCCAGGAAGUUCAUGAUUUAUUACAAGACUAUGAAUUAAAAUACUGUUAUGUGGACAGAAAUAAGCGAACAGCUUUUGUUACCUUAUUGAACGGGGAACAAGCCCAGAAUGCAAUUCAGAUGUUUCAUCAAUAUUCUUUUCGAGGAAAAGACUUGGUAGUCCAGCUCCAGCCAACAGAUGCUUUGCUAUGUAUCACCAACUUGCCCACUUCUUUUACAUUAGAAGAGUUUGAAGAACUUGUCUGUGCUUAUGGAAAUGUCGAGAGAUGUUUUCUUGUCUACAGUGAAGUUACUGGCCAUUCCAAAGGCUACGGAUUUGUAGAAUACAUGAAAAAGGACUUUGCUGCAAAGGUUCGAUUGGAGCUAUUGGGUAAACAGUUGGGAGCAUCAGCUGUCUUUGCACAGUGGAUGGAUGUUAAUCUACUGGCCGCAGAGCUCAUUCAUUCUAAGUGCCUUUGUAUAGAUAAACUCCCUAGUGACUAUAGGGAUUCAGAGGAGCUGUUGCUUUUUUCCAGUAUCCAUAAACCUGUGUUUUGCCAGCUUGCACAGGAUGAAGGUAGUUAUGUUGGUGGCUUUGCAGUGGUUAAAUAUAGCACUGCAGAGCAUGCUAAAGAGGUUCAACAAGCAGCUGAUGGUAUGACCAUCAAGGGAAGCAAAGUUCAAGUUUCCUUCUGUGCGGGAGCACCAGGGCGAAGUACCUUAGCAGCACUGAUAGCAGCUCAACGUGUGAGGCACAGUAAAAAAAAGGGCUUACUUCCAGAGCCAAAUCCAGUGCAAAUCAUGAAAAGUUUAAACAACCCUGCCAUGUUGCAAAUUCUUCUACAACCCCAGCUCUGCGGGCGGACUGUUAAACCAGCAGUUCUUGGAACACCUCACAGCUUUCCGCAUCUGAUGAAUCCAUCCAUCUCCCCUGCAUUUUUACACUUGAAUAAAGCACAUCAGAAUCUUUCUCAUGUACCACUGGCUCAGCAACAGCUAAUGAAGUUUGAGAAUAUACAUACCAAUAAUAAACCGGGCUUACUUGGAGAACCCCCAGCUAUGGUACUUCAGACUGCCGUAGGGAUAGGGUCACCGCUUCCAUUGAAAACAGAGCUGGGCCAUCUUGAAGAAGUACAUAAAACAGCACCUAAUUUGAUUCCAACUCAAACAACUAUAACAACUGGCAUGGGCAUGUUACCAUUCCUUCCAAAUCAGCACAUUGCUGGACAAGCUGGACCAGGGCAUGGGAGCACUCAGGAGAAACAGCCAGCAUUGGUGGGAAUGGCAGAAGGAAAUUUCUCAGGGUCACAGACUUAUCUGCAGAGCUUUCCAAACCUUACUGCUGGUGGCUUGCUCACAGGACAUCAAAAGCAACAACAAAGUCAGCCAAAAGGCCUGGAGAUAAGUUCAGGGGCUGCCUCUAAGAAGCAGACUUCACUCUUGGGAGAGCCACCAAAAGAAAUUCGGCUCAGUAAAAAUCCAUUCUUGAACUUGGCAAGUGUGUUGCCCAGUGUGUGCUUAUCAUCCCCUGCAAGUAAAACCACUGUACAGAAGACUGGAAUUGCAAGCAGCAUUCUGGAUACAAUCUCUCAGGGAAAUGAAUCACAACACACAUUGGAGAAGUGCAUUGCUUACUCUCAGCCUUUUGGUGAUUAUGCACAGGUCUCAUCUUUAAGAAAUGAAAAGCAAGGCUCAUCAUAUCUCGUCUCUGCCCCAGAAGGUGGUUCAGUGGAAUUUGUUGACCAGCAUUCUCAGGGCACAGGAGCAUAUUACAUGGAAACCUACUUAAAAAAGAAGAGAGUGUACUGAGUUAAGUUCUCUCCUUAUAAACUCAUAAGGUUCUUUGCAGUAUCUCUGCUGUUCAUCGCUGCCUUAACUACAUGCAGACUAGCCAUAUCCUUUAAAUUACGGGUUUAUAACUUCCCAGAACGAACUGUGUUGUGCAGCAGGCAGAAUUGCCAAGUAAAAAAAGUAAGUAGCAAUAAGAGACAUCAGUUGAGGACAUAUUCCACUAGAAUUAGACACAUCUUAAUCAGUGUGCUAUU